UUCAGUCGCUGGCAAUGGCGACGAGUCCUCGCCUUUUCCUCUUCCUAUUCCUCUUCCUCUUUGCCACUGUUGUCACAGCGGCGCAAAAUGUCACCUACGACGCCCGCUCCCUCAUCAUCGACGGCGAGCGCAGGCUCAUCAUCUCCGGCUCCAUUCACUACCCUCGCAGCGUCCCUUCCAUGUGGCCCGGUCUCGUAGCGGAGGCAAAAGAGGGCGGCUUGAAUGCCAUCGAUACCUACGUCUUCUGGAACGGUCACGAGCCCUCCCCUGGCAAUUAUUAUUUCGAGGAUCGCUUUGAUUUGGUAAAGUUUGCGAAGAUCGUCCGAGACGCUGGCUUGUAUAUGAUCCUCCGUAUCGGGCCUUUUGUAGCAGCAGAGUGGACUUACGGGGGAAUUCCUGUUUGGUUGCACUAUGUUCCGGGGACUGUUUUCCGCACAAACAAUGAGCCUUUCAAGGUGCGCAAGAAUAAAAAUCCAAUCUUUCUUGUGUUCUUGGAUGGAGAUGGUUGUUUGAUUCUUGUUUUGCAGUGGCAUAUGGAGAGGUUCGUCACUUAUAUAGUGAAUCUGAUGAAGCGAGAGCGACUGUUUGCAUCACAAGGAGGCCACAUCAUUUUGGCCCAAAUUGAAAAUGAAUAUGGCUAUUCUGAAAGCUACUUUGGAGACGAGGGGAAGCUAUAUGCGAUGUGGGCUGCCCAUAUGGCACUCAAUCAAGGAACUGGUGUGCCUUGGGUCAUGGGUCAGCAAGAUGAUGCCCCUGAUCCGGUGAUCAAUACUUGUAACUCAUUUUAUUGUGAUCAAUUCACACCAAAUUCUCCUAGCAAGCCAAAAUUGUGGACCGAAAAUUGGCCAGGAUGGUUCCAUUCAUUUGGGGAUCCAGAUCCUCAUAGACCACCUGAGGAUAUUGCAUUUGCUGUUGCUCGCUUCUUCGAGAAGGGUGGUUGCCUGCAAAACUAUUAUGUGUAUCAUGGAGGAACACAUUAUGGUCGCACUACGGGCGGACCAUUCAUCACUACAAGCUAUGAUUAUAAUGCUCCAAUAGACGAGUAUGGGUUACCAAGGCUUCCAAAAUGGGGUCAUCUAAGGGAGCUCCACAAAUCUGUAAAAUUAUGUGAACAUACUUUACUUUAUGGCAAGUCAACAUUUAUUUCAGUCGGGCCUCUUCAAGAGAUUGAUGUCUAUGAAGACCAAUCAGGCGGGUGCGUUGCCUUCCUUGCUAAUGUGGAUGUACAGGAAGACAAAUUGAUCACAUUUAGGAAUGUUACAUAUAUUAUUCCACCCUGGUCAGUUAGCAUCCUUCCAGAUUGCAAGAAUGUUGUGUUUAACACUGCCAUGGUCAAAUCCCAAACCUCUGUAGUGGAAAUGGUUCUGGAAAACUUGAAAGUGUAUAGCAAUUCAUCAUUUGGUUCAGGGGCUUGGCAAGUUUACAUGGAGAAAGUUGGGCUUUGGGACAAGCCUGACUUUGUGCUGUUUGGACUUGAAGAUCAUAUUAACAUAACAAAAGAUACAACUGAUUAUCUUUGGUAUACAACAAGUUUUUAUGUUGAUAAAAGUGAAGAUAUCCUUGGACAUGGGAGUAGUCCAAUUCUCUCAGUCGCAUCUCUGGGUCAUGCUUUUAUUGUUUUCAUAAAUGGUGAACUUCAAGGUAGCUCUUAUGGUAAAUACGGAUAUUUACCAUUGAACUUUGAGGCUCCUGUCACCAUAAAGCCAGGGAAAAAUGAAAUUGCUAUUCUCAGUAUGACUAUUGGAAUGUAUAACGCUGGACCUCUUUACGAAUGGGAAGGUGCAGGAUUAACCAGUGUCAAUAUUUCUGGAACCGGCAAUGGAAGCUUAAACUUGUCGCCAUAUUCAUGGGAGUACAAGAUCGGGUUGGAAGGAGAACACUAUAGUAUCUUUAACACGAACAACAACACUGAUAUCAAGUGGAUACCGAAAUCAGAACCACCGAAAAAUCAAUCUCUGAUUUGGUACAAGGUGGCCGUGGAUCCGCCUGAAGGGAAGGAACCCGUCGCGCUCGAUAUGGCAUCCAUGGGAAAAGGCCACGUUUGGGUGAAUGGAAAAUCUAUCGGACGAUACUGGCUCGUUGCAAGUUCUAUAUCUGACAAUUGCACUCCUCAUUGCAAUUACACAGGCACAUUUGAACCUGACAGAUGCCUGACAGGAUGUGGACAGCCCACUCAAAGAUGGUACCAUAUCCCGAGAUCGUUCUUUAAGCCAUCAGGUAACACGUUGGUCAUUUUUGAAGAGAAAGGUGGGGAUCCUACGAGGAUCACUUUUGCGAGAAGGCAAGAGACCAAGAUCUGUGGCUUUGUGUCGGAGGACCAUCCCCAAGUAGACUUGGAAAACUGGGAAGUUCACAGCAAACGGAAUGCAGCAGGAGCUGCGAUGCAUUUGAAGUGUCCUGAGGGAAGCUCUGUAUCCUCCAUAACGUUUGCGAGUUUCGGUAACCCUACUGGAACAUGCAGCUCGUACCGCCGAGGGAGCUGCCAUUACCCCAGCUCUGUUUCUGUCACUGAAAAGGCGUGCCUUCACAAAAAUAAGUGUUCUAUCGCAUUCAAGGGCGAGAGCUUCACUGAAGACUUGUGCCCUGGCACAGCCAAAGCCAUGGCUGUUGAAGCUGCAUGCAGCUGAGUAGAUAAGUUGUUGGUUCAGACUUCUGAGGUGACCAAGAGAAGCAAAAAUAAAAAUAAAAAACUUUGGACGUGUAAAGUGAAUUGUCCUUUUAAAAAUGAAUCCCACCGAAUUUGUUCAUUGGAUAAUAAUUUAUAAUGAUAACUUUAUCAUCUCCAUUAUUAA